AUGUCCGCUGCUGAAAAUUCUCGCCUUCACCCUGGGUUUGCAUCCAGAAGUGCGAGCAACAUUUUAAACAUAUUUGGUGUGAUCUUUUUGAUUUUCAGUGCAAGUUCCAUUGCAUUCACUCGACAGAUCGACCAUCUCGUCACAAAGAACCCGGACAAUGACUUCAGACGCCCAACCAAAGACAACCUCGCGGCAUCCAGUGGACAAGAAGAGAAGACGGCAGAUUUCAGCCGCAUGUUGCUGAAGUCCGAGAGCGAUACUUCAUUUGCAAGCAUAAGCCGGAGGACACUGUCCACAGCAUUGUCUGGAGGAAUGGCGGGCAUCCUGCCACAAGAGGAAGGGGGUUACAGCUAA